AUGGCCAACAUCUACUGGAUGAACGCUCGUCAAGAAGAACGUCCCCUUCAGCAGCAGGAGGAUGCACAGCCCCCCCACAUUAAAGAAGAAGAGGAGGAUCUCUGGGUUACUCAGGAGGAAGAGUUUCUUCCAGGGCAGGAGGAGACUGAUCUCAGCAAGUUUCCACUGACUGUUGUCUCUGUGAAGACUGAAGAGCAUGAAGACAAAGCACCUGAGUCCUCACAGCUUUAUCACAGUCCAAACGUCUGUGAAGAACAACUUAUGCCUGAAAAACAGGAGAAUAGCUUCAGGAUGUUGAAGGAGGAUCCACCAAAGAGGAAGACCAGGCACCACGGACCCUCUGGCGUCUCCUUUUCCUCUUUGACACAGACCCUUCCCUGUAAAAAGGAAGAGGAAGACUCACUGACCCCCCACAUUAAAGAGGAAGAGGGAGAACACAGCAUCAGUCAGGAGGGAGAUCAUAUUGAAGGACUGGUGGAGUUCCUAGUGACUGGUGUCCCUGUGAAGAGUGAAGAUGAUGAGGUCAAAGGUGAAAGUGAGGAGAAGAGAGAGGCGGAGCCUCCAAGCAGCAGCUCAACACAACACAUGACAACAGAAGCUGAUGGAGACCACUGUGGAGGAUCACAAGCAGACAAGAUCUUAGCUCCACUAUCAGAUAGUGAGGACACAACGUCACACUCUCCUGACACUGAUGAUGAAGACUCUAAAGAUGAUGCAACAUGUCACACUGACAACACUCACUUCACAUGUUCUCACUGUCACAAAACUUUUAAUGACCGUUGCAAUAUGAAAAGACACAUGAGAACACACACUGGUGAAAAACCUUUUUCUUGUUCAAUCUGUGGUAAAGGUUUUACACAAAGUCAAUAUCUGAAAGUACACAUGAGAGCGCACACUGGUGAAAAACCCUUUUCCUGUUCAAACUGUGGUAAAGGUUUUACACAAAGUCAAUAUUUGAAAGUACACAUGAGAAGACACACUGGAGAAAAACCUUUUUUCUGUUCAACCUGUGGUAAAGGUUUUACACAUAGUCAAUAUUUGAAAAUACACAUGAGAACACACACUGGUGAAAAACCUUUUAUCUGUUCAAUCUGUAGUAAAGGUUUUACACAAAGUCAAGAUUUGAAAGUACACAUGAGAACACACACUGGUGAAAAACCUUUUAUCUGUUCAAUCUGUAGUAAAGGUUUUACACAAAGUCAAUAUUUGAAAGUACACAUGAGAACACACACUGGUGAAACACCCUUUUCCUGUUCAACCUGUGGUAAAGGUUUUACACAAAGUCAAAAUUUGAAAACACACUUGAGAGUACACACUGGUGAAAAACCCUUUUCCUGUUCAACCUGUGGUAAAGGUUUUACACAAAGUCAAGAUUUGAAAGUACACAUGAUAGCACACACUGGUGAAAAACCUUUUUCCUGUUCAACCUGUGGUAAAGGUUUUACACAAAGUCAAUAUUUGAAAGUACACAUGAGAACACACACUGGUGAAAAAACUUUUUCUUGUUCAACCUGUGGUAAAGGUUUUACACUAAGUCAGCAUUUGAAAAGACACAUGAGAACACACCCAGGAGAGAAAGUGUUGAGUUGCAGUGUGUGUGGUGAAAGAUUCUCUUAUAACUACCAGUGCAAGAAACACAAGUGUGCUGGUGAGAACAGCAGCAGCAAAUGAAACUGCAGGAUUUGAAAUAAACUGUCAAGACUUUAAUGUUGACUUUCUGACAACAUCAGCACAUAUAACAUGUGUGACAUUGUUGUUUGUGUAACUAUCUUGUUAAUAUUCUCCUACAUUUUUUUUUAACAUUGAUGUUCCAGGUAAUCUUAUUUUCAGUGAAGGUUUAGGAUAGCCAAAUAUAAGCUUUGGCUACAGCCUAUUCUUUUUUCGGUCACGCUUUUUCUUUUCUUUUCCUUUUGUGUGUAAAUGUGUAUGAUUUUUAUAAAUGUAUAGUCUGUACUCUUAAACUGGUCACACACAAUGGUUAAUGGUUGACGGUUGAUUAUAUGACCGAAAUAAACGUAUUUCAUUAA